ACCCAGCCGCAAGUCCAUGGAUCUGGCUAUCCGUCUUUGACGUAACGCGGCUACACCUCUGUUUUCCCAUUUUCCUCCCACCCUCAUGUAAUGUAAUACACCUAGCUGUAUCUAUAUCAUCCUCCUCCUCCUCCUAUAAAUCAGCAGCAGGGUAGGGUGCUCGAUCUCAAACCUAACACUUAUGGGCAGCGGAACAUUCGUUGACGGCGUUCUUCGCUGGUUCCACCAUCAGAACCGCCGAUCGUCAGCUGCAACUACUACCGAUGAUUCCGAAUCCAAAGCCCUACCAUCAUCGUCAGAUGCUUCGCAACUCACCAUUGUUGAAGACUUCGAUCCCUCUGCACUUAAGCUUAUUAAAGUUCCCCAACGCAUCGCUUUACCCUCAGCUUCCCUACCCCUUGAUCCCAACAGGAAGCUUGAAGCAGAAUUCUUCACCGAGUACGGUGAGGCAAGUAGGUACCAAGUUCAAGAAGUUAUAGGCAAAGGAAGUUAUGGUGUUGUGGGUUCUGCGGUGGAUACUCACACAGGAGAAAAGGUAGCAAUUAAGAAGAUAAACGAUGUUUUCGAACACGUCUCUGAUGCCACUCGGAUUCUUAGAGAAAUCAAGCUCCUUCGCUUGCUUAAGCAUCCUGAUAUUGUACAGAUCAAACAUAUUAUGCUUCCUCCUUCUAGAAGAGAGUUUAAGGAUAUUUAUGUUGUUUUUGAGUUGAUGGAAUGUGAUCUUCACCAAGUUAUUAAAGCCAAUGAUGAUCUCACACCCCAACAUCAUCAGUUUUUCUUGUAUCAACUUCUUCGUGGCCUAAAAUAUAUUCACACAGCAAAUGUGUUUCAUCGAGAUUUAAAACCAAAAAACAUUCUUGCCAAUGCGGACGGUAAGUUGAAGAUUUGUGAUUUUGGGCUUGCACGUGCAUCAUUUAAUGAUGCCCCGUCAGCUAUAUUCUGGACGGAUUAUGUUGCAACUCGAUGGUAUCGCGCUCCUGAACUCUGUGGCUCCUUUUUCUCUAAGUAUACUCCUGGCAUUGAUAUCUGGAGCAUUGGAUGUAUAUUUGCGGAAAUGAUUUUGGGGAGACCGUUAUUUCCGGGAAGGAAUGUGGUGCAUCAGUUGGAUCUCAUGACUGAUUUGCUUGGCACUCCUUCCUCUGAAUCCAUUGCACGGAUUCGCAAUGAAAAAGCUAGAAGGUAUCUUAAUAAUAUGCGUAAGAAACCGCCUGUUCCUUUUGCACACAAAUUUCCUAAUGCUGAUCCCUUGGCACUUCGCUUACUCGAACGCCUGCUAUCAUUUGACCCAAAAGAUCGCCCAUCAGCUGAAGAGGCGUUAGCAGAUCCUUACUUUCAAGGGUUGGCCAAUGUGGAUCAAGAACCUUCAACUCACGCGAUAUCAAAGCUUGAGUUUGAAUUUGAAAGGAAAAAAUUGGGAAAAGAUGAUGUUAGAGAAUUGAUCUAUCGAGAGAUUCUAGAGUAUCAUCCUCAGAUGCUUCAGGAAUAUUUACGUGGUGGAGAACAAACUAGCUUUAUGUACCCGAGUGGUGUUGAUCGCUUUAAGCGACAAUUUGCACAUCUAGAGGAGAAUUAUGGUAGAGGCGGGAAAAGUAGCACCCCACCGCUGCAAAGGCAGCAUGUCUCACUCCCUAGGGAAAGAGUUCCUGCACCAAAGGCGGAAGCAUCUGCCGCUCAAGAAAAUGAUUCUGAAAAGCAGACUGCAACUUCAGUUGCUACAAAAGUUGAUAGCCCAAGGGGACAAUCAGAAAGUGAAGAUGCACCAACAAGCGCCCGUAGCUUGUUAAAGAGUGCUAGUAUCAGUGCCUCCAAAUGUAUAGGUACCCAAGGAACAACAAUUCCCAAGGAAGAAGGUGAAGCUGAGCAACAAGAGGUUGAUGUGUUAGCCCAAAAAGUUGCAGCUCUAGAAGUCUAAAGAGUUAUAGGUUUGUUUUGAAGUUAGCUUCUUCAUGUAUUUUGAAACUGGUAGUUGGUGUGGAUAUUUGUUAAUUAAUUCAUACACUGAGUGCACCCUUCAGGGAUUGUAUUUGGUUGGGGUACUAUGUAAGCACUUCUUUUUACAUCUUUUGGACUUGUACAUGUAUUUUACAUAUGCAUAUAUUCUCUGUAUUAAAGUAUC